UGAACAGGAAAUAUCAUGGAAAGCGAACAAACGAAAGACCAACAACAAGGCCAAGAUGAGGAGCAGAAGGAGUCCACCACUCAUUCAAAGAACGCGCCUCCCGAGAUGUCCAAAGACGCCCCCAAUCGUCGGCAGAACAAGAACCCUGUGGACCAAAGUCACGAGACGCUGAUGUCUCCAGAGCCGAAGGACUUGGCAGAGAUUGCCCCCGAGCUCAGAGAAAAGUUGAAGCUAGUUUCACCCGACUUAAAAAAGCCAGCGGCCUCCAGGUCAUCAGGCCACGGUUCAGUGUCCAGUGGAGAAGAUGACAACCACCGGACCCAGGCUGGAGGUCAAGGAUGGGACAACGGAGAGGACUACGAUGACAGUGGCGCCCACACUCAUGGGACAACCUUUCGCGCCAGUCGCGACGACGACCCUGGGGAGAAAACAAUGCAACUCACGGGUAAGACUGCCCAAGGUAUAACAGCAGCAGCAUCAGCAGCAAGAGAAGAAACUGGCGCCAAAUGCGCCGGAAAGGGAGAUGGUACAAAGGCUAUGUCGUUGGAGUCUGGAGCUCGGGCUAAAAAAGGGAAAAAGAAAGCGUUGAGAUUUGGUCGACAGCCACAGCCCAAGUUCACCAGCUGGGACGUGGGUCGUCUGGGCGAGCACUCCAUGGACCAUCUGCCCACGUACAUCGAAAGAGUGCCGCAGAUCAAAGAGUACAUUGACCAAAAUAUUUUGAAGAAGCCAGAAAUAUUUCGGCAGCCGUUGAGUUCUGAUGUUUGUAGUUCUGAUUGUGCUGUGAAGGAGUACCUUGAGAAGCACGGCAUUUGUCAGCUUUUUAGG